CCCCCCAUUUCCCUCUCCAAACUCCGCCGAGGUCGCUGAAGAGCUUCAGGUUCGCAACGCCGUCGAGGUAGAGGACGGAGACCAUCGCCUUCGAUAACUGAUCUCGUGAUACAUUAAUUUUUGUGAUCCCAUAUGCAUAAGAGGGUGGUAUGAACAAUCCUUAACUCAUGUGAAGAAUAACUUGAGUAGUCAUGGCUUCUCAUAUUCCCGCAGCCAUUCAGAAUGAAAACCUACCAAUUCAUAGAGGAAAAGGUGUUGAGGGGGCAAAAACUGACUUGUCAAAGACUGUGAGGACUAAGAGUCAAGGCAGGGUUGCUCUGAGGGAUCUUUCAAAAGCUAGCAAACCUGCACCUUUAGGUCCAACAAAAGGCUCCACAUUGAAGGAGAAGCCUAAGGCACAUGAUGGCGGGACCAUCAAGAAUACAUCAAAGACUAGUUUCUUGACAGAUGAGGAAAUCAAGCAUUGCCAGGAAUGGGCUAAAGAGGGAAUUGAGGAGAUACCUUUUACAGGAAAUGAUCAACGAAAACAAGAACAGGAGCACAUGGAAGAACGUGUAAGAAAGGAAGUUGAGACUGUACUGUCUUCAUUGCGUGAGUGGAUGGAUCUGGCCUAUGGCUUUGGAAUGCCACAUGAGGAAGCGGAGCUGGAUGAUUCCAUGGAUCUCUUGAAAAUGCAGCUUGAGCCAGAGGAGCAUCCUCCUUUUGCAAGAUAUUGCUCAUAUUCAGGCAAUGAAGAAAUUGAAGAUGUUUCUCUUGAACCUGAGUUUGAUAAUUACUUCCCUUACACUGACCAUACUUUCGAGAUGAAGCUGAAAGAAGAAUACGACAGUGAUAUUGUCUUUGGAUAGAUGAAUUUCAUUAGAUUAGGUGUAUGAUGUAUGCAAACAUAUCAAUCUAAUUGUUUUUCUACUAUGUUACUUUCUGAGCAUGUCUGAAAACACUCAUGAAUGUUCCUGUGUUGUGGCGGGCAGGGUUUUCAAUAGUUCUCUUAUCCUUGAAUCUUGUUAGUGUAAAACUUCUCUUUGUUCUCUGCCCUAGGUCAAAUUCAGUGAACCAUGUAAAUAUUGGCUUUGUGUGGGUUUUUCUUCACAAUUAACAUA